CGCUUUGCUUGUCCAUUCAAUCUUGAAGUAAAACCUUCCUCUCUCAUACUCAGCUUCCGUCCAAUUCCAAACACCACCCAGCACAACUUCAUCUACUCAAAUCUACCUACUUUUCUGUACACAGAAUAAAAAUCAUUCCUUCAACAGACCACAGGCGUGGUCUCGUCGCUUCCGUACGUAAAUAGAGUCUAUGGAUAUCGCUGCGGUUCAAGGAGUGCGAGCUCGGCCGUCGAUUGGUGGACCUUGGCCGGCGGACCUUGUGUCUGGACCGGCGUCGAAGAAGUUAGGGUUUGUUAAGGCUACUAGGUUUGAUCGUGUUCGUGGUGUUAGAGCGGGGUCAUGGUCUUUGAAGCCGGUCAAGGCAACGGAGGAGUCAACGGCGUCGGUGAUCAAUGAAUCCACGGCCACAUCUGUUGGAAAGUCGACAAACAUCUUGUGGCACAAAAGUUCGGUGGAUAAAAUUGAUAGGCAAGAGUUACUUCAGCAGAAGGGCUGUGUCAUAUGGAUUACUGGUCUUAGUGGUUCAGGAAAAAGCACUUUGGCAUGUGCUCUGAGUCGUGGCUUGCACUCUAGAGGAAAGCUAACCUACAUUCUUGAUGGUGACAACUGUCGGCAUGGACUGAACCGUGACCUUAGUUUUAAAGCAGAAGAUCGUAUUGAAAAUAUACGAAGGAUUGGGGAGGUAGCAAAACUCUUUGCAGAUGCUGGUGUUAUUUGCAUUGCCAGUUUGAUCUCUCCUUACAGAAAAGAUCGAGAUACCUGUCGUGCACUAUUACCAGAAGGAGAAUUUGUUGAGGUGUUCUUGGACGUCCCACUCCAACUGUGUGAGUCGAGAGACCCCAAGGGCCUUUACAAGCUUGCACGAGCUGGGAAGAUCAAAGGUUUUACUGGGAUUGAUGAUCCAUAUGAACCGCCAUUGAACUGUGAGAUAGUACUACGACAGAAGGAAGACAACUGUGCUUCUCCAUGUGAAAUGGCUGAAACUGUGAUAGCUUACUUGGAUGAGAAAGGUUACCUUCAAGCCUAAUUUGCUGAAAAG